CACGAUGGUUCCAUCUCCUUCCGAGUUCGACUUUCAUAUUGCGGACAGCCUGGGUUACAGUCUUGACCAUGGAAGUGCUGCAGCGUUCCGGCUGAAUGGUCUGUUUUACUUCUGGAAAGAAACAUUCGGUUUCAAUAUCCAUCCCACGAUCGCAAAGGCCCUGCAGUCGCCGAGUCCACGCAUCGCCGAUGUGGCCACUGGCACGGCUAUCUGGCUGUUGGACCUGGCGAGAGAGCUUCCCAAUGCCACCCUGGACGGACUGGAUAUGACCCUCGAGAAGGCACCUGCAGCCGAGUGGCUUCCGGCCAACAUCACUCUGCGAGAAUGGAACAUGAAUGAUGAGGUUCAUGCAGACCUAGUAGGGAAGUUCGAUGUAGUGCAUCUGCGAUUGCUCUUCAUUGUGGUCGAAAACGGGGACCCGUCGCCGACCAUUCGCAAGGUCACCCGGUUGUUGAAACCCGGAGGAUGGAUUCAGUGGGAUGAGUUGAGCUUGGUUGGAAGGCAAAUAGUUACAGCCAGGCCAGGAUUGAAAACCAAAGCGUUGGAGUCCCUUGGUUGGUUCUGGGAGGCCAACGGUCGCCAGGACUGGGUUGAGCAGCUCCCGGACAGUUUCGAGAAAGAGGGCCUGACGAAGACACAAAUCACUCAUUACAGGCCUCUCCAGGAGUAUUUCAGGGCCGAGGGCGAGGUGUUCAUAAUGACAUGUGAAGAAACCGCCCGGACGCUGGCCUCCAAGGGAGAGGUCGAGGCAGCCAGAAAGCUCUUUCAACUGGUUCACCAAGGAUCAUUGGAGACCUCAGCUGGUGCUGCACACACAGCCAUCAAGGUGGUUUGCAUCGGUCAAAAGCCGGUUGAAACUGUGCACAGGGCUGCCUUAUAAUGACCAGAAAUCUGCUCGGAUCCAGUC